AUGUAUGUAUUCCCAGAGGCCCGAGUGGAGGCGAAUGCGGACGUGUACAGCUUUGGCAUCUUGAUGUGGGAGCUGGUGUCCGGGGGUGUGCGCCCCUUCCCGCACCUGCCGCCCGACCACAUCCCGCGACAUGUGUACAAGGGCGCCCGCCCCACGUUCAGAGACCUGGUGCCACUGUCGUACAGGGGCUUGGCGCAGGCCUGCUGGGCGGCGGACCCGCGCCGGCGCCCCAAGACAGCCGACCUCGUCUCCCUGAUCAUCUCGCAGCUGCAGGAGCUCGAGUGA